AUGCUGGCUCUGGCACCGGCGGUGCAACCAGCACCGCCACUCCAGCUGGUAGCAGUAUCAGCAGCGGCGGCGCCUGUGCAGCCAUCACCCGCUGCGCCAGCCGCUGCAGGUGUGCAGACUUCUUCGUCAUCAACUGCCGUCGUGCCCGCCGAUGCGAUUGUGCCAUCGGUUGCGCCGACAGAUCUUGUGCCAAUAUCUGCAGACAGCUUGAUGACCAACCGUGGCCAUCGACGACAGCUUACCUUGGUUGCGCAGAGUUACAGGUCGUUGCCCAACGACACUCUUGUGAGGCUGUUGGAACUGCGUGACCAGGAGCGUGAAUGUCUUAUCUCAUCGUACCGGGCCCGUUGCGACGAGCAGCAGCGUGCAGCGAUUCGCGACGCGAAGCUCAUCAAACGUCUGUCAGAUGAGGUCGCCCGGCUGAAAGGUGCUCACGAGAACGUGUCUCAGUUUCAGAUUACGCGGGGGCCCAAGAAUGUGAAGUUGACGGUGAAUGGCUCCACGGCGCUGGCAGUUCGCAGGAAUAUGGCAAAUGUUGCCGCAUCUGCAUUUGGAGCCAUUACGCUCGAGGAUGUUUCACAGUGGACGGUUUGCAGGGCCGAGGUGACGCUUGGUAUGCGACUCGUGGCGAGCUUCAAUGCAUUCCAUCGCCAGUACGAGAGUGAUAUUGUGGAUCAGCUGCUGUCGGCGCGUCGCCGACCGCCACCAUCUUGUCCAUCAGUGUGCUGCCUUGCGGUCCAUCGGUUCCGCUCCGACGCAACCAAUGGCAGUGUAUGGCAGAAGAGCAAGCUCUUGACCACCGAAUUGGAGAGUAUAUACGUGUGUCGAGAUGCUAUGGCGCUGCGCGCUGGUUACGACGACAUCAAUCAUGCUGUUUGGUCCUCUUCGCCGAGUAUGCGGCGAGUGCUGGACUUGCAGGUUGUAUCCGAUGGGAGCGGUGACGCCUCGUACAAUAUGCUGAGAAAAGUGUGUAUGCUAGCGGGCUUCGGUUGGCUCACCCCCCAUCCGCCGUGCGACGGCGCCGACGAGUCGAUCGAGCCGCCCACGGUUGUGAACUGGCGGCUGAUCAUGUACAUUUCAGAUGGCGGCCCGGACCAGGUGGGCUUCAAGAAGCUGCUCAAGGCGGCGCUCGAGCACGCCCGGGGCGUCACGCUGCUGGACCUGAGCUGCUUACACCACAUGCACAGCCUCAUUCAGAAUGAUAUCCUGAAG